CUCCCUCCGCUUUACCCAGAAUGCACCGCUCACUCUAAGCACAACACAUCGCCAUUUUCCGCGAAAGGGCGCUUCUCCGCGGAGUAACUGGGUCAUAAGACAGACGGGAAAAUACUCGAAGCGAUCAUCACUACAGCCGCCGAUCCGAGCUCGUGGAUCCGCCCGCCGCCAUCGCAUCGACCGAGAGCCAAUGAUCGUGUUCGUUUGGGCCGCUCGUAUGAAAUAUUGGAUCGCGGGCCCAGGCUGAGGCGACACCGAUCACUAGCGAACCAACACCAGCAGCGCUACCACACAGAAUGAAAAGAGGACAGAAGGAAGGUGAUAAUGCGGAGGAGGGCGGCGGGAAGGUGUCAGGGCCGGGCCCCGGGGCCCCUGAGCUCUGUAAGCGGCUCCGGUGGGGCGACUCUGAGGACGGGGCGGUGGACUGGACGCUGCUGCCCGAGGAGAUCCUGCUGCAUAUCUUCCAGUACCUGCCUCUGCUGGACCGGGCCUUCGCCUCGCAGGUGUGCCGCGGCUGGAACCAGGCCUUCCACAUGCCUGAGCUCUGGAGGUGCUUCGAGUUCGAGCUCAAUCAGCCCGCCAGCUCCUACCUGAAGGCCACGCACCCUGACCUCAUCAAGCAGAUCAUCAAGCGCCACUCCAACCACCUGCAGUACGUCAGCUUCAAGGUGGACAGCAGCACUGAAUCUGCAGAAGCGGCGUGUGACAUCCUCUCUCAGCUGGUCAACUGCUCUCUGAAGACGCUCGGGCUGAUCUCCACUGCACGACCCUCCUUCAUGGAGCUGCCCAAAUCUCACUUCAUCUCGGCGCUGACGGUGGUGUUCGUGAACUCGAAGUCUCUGUCGUCCCUGAAGAUCGAUGAUACACCGGUGGACGACCCGUCGCUCAAAGUGCUGGUGGCUAAUAACAGCGACACGCUGAAGCUGCUGAAGAUGAGCAGCUGCCCGCACGUGUCUCCUGCAGGUAUCCUGUGCGUGGCGGAUCAGUGUCACGGUCUGCGCGAGCUAGCGCUCAACUACCACCUGCUGAGCGACGAGCUGCUGCUAGCGCUGUCGUCCGAGCGCCACGUUCACCUGGAGCACCUGCGCAUCGACGUGGUGAGCGAGAACCCGGGCCAGCAGUUCCACUCCAUCAAGAAGAGCAGCUGGGACGCCAUGGUGCGCCACUCGCCCAAGUUCAACCUGGUCAUGUACUUCUUCCUGUACGAGAACGAGUUCGGGCCCUUCUUCCGCGACGAGGUGCCCGUCACGCACCUGUACUUCGGCCGCUCCGUCAGUAAGGAGGUGCUGGGCCGCGUGGGGCUGACCUGCCCUCGGCUGGUGGAGCUGGUGGUGUGCGCUAACGGCCUGAGACCGCUCGACGAGGAGCUGAUCCGCAUCGCAGAGCGCUGCAGGCAGCUGUCGGCCAUCGGCCUGGGCGAGUGCGAGGUGUCCUGCAGCGCCUUCGUGGAGUUCGUCAAGAUGUGCGGCGGCCGACUCACGCAGCUGUCCAUCAUGGAGGAGGUGCUGCUGCCCGACAGCAAGUACGGGCCGGACGACAUCCACUGGGAGGUGUCCAAACACCUGGGCCGCGUCUGGUUCCCCGACAUGAUGCCCACCUGGUAGAAUCACAUUGUGUGUUUUUCUACAUUUGGAAUCAGAAGCAAUGAAGCGUUUACAGAUGCACUUCAGACGCUCGCCGCGUGUUUUCUACUCUCUAGUCGCCGCGACGGACACGUGUGCUGGCCAAAAUAAUUACAACACUAGUAUUUUCACCAUCUAUAAAAUGGUUUAAAGUCUUUUGCUGUAGUGUGUCAGUAACUGUGUCUCAAGACGCUUCAAGAAACCUCCUGCGAAGCUCCUGAGAAACUCUGCUCGAGUGCAGCGAGGACAAAACCUGCUUUAAACACAAAGCAUGCUCACAACAAAUGUGGAUUUAGUUUAGUUCAUAGAAGCUAAUUAGUCAAUAAAAUCUAUUUAAGACAUUAUUUUUGACAGCAUCCUCAUUUUACAGCUUAAAGUGCCUCAAACUGUUCACAGCGCUGGAGCUUCGCAGGAGCUUUCUUGAAGCAGAGACACAGUUCUUCUGGAUUUAGUCUCAGUUUGUUUAGUCUUGUCGUUCCAGACAGACUGAUGAUGAUCAGAUCAGACAAAUCUCUCUGGAUUAUAAUAAUUAAUGUCUAAAUGAAUGUUUGUAAAUGUAAACUGAUAUUUCCUCCUGACACACUGCAGCAGAAGAUAGAAAUAACUGACUCAAAACCAUUUUUCUAGCUGAAGAUACUAGUGCUCUAAUCAUUUUGGCCAGCGCUGUGUGUAAAUGUCCGUGUGGUUUUCACUCUCAGCAGCUUGUUUGUUCUUGCUUCGUGUCGGGUGGAUCGGCGUCUGAUGAAGGCGAGACCUGGAUUUCAAGCACUUUUACCAAAUGAAGUUUCAGCUCGAGGCCAAUCGGACCAUGUUUUGAUUCUGUUAUAUUUGCUGUUGUUGUUCAUUCCAGAUGGAAGCGAGUGCCGCUGUGUUCAGAAGCGCUCGUGACUCAUUCUAACUAGGGCUGCACGAUAACGGACUAUUUAGCUCAAAAAUAUAAUCGCAAUUGUUGUUGUUUUGUCAAUUUUUAUUAUUUGUAGUAUAAUAUCAGAAUUAUAAUAAUGUAAUUGUUAUAUUAUUAUAGGGUACUCUCAUAUAACCACAAAUCAAGAGGACAUGGACUCGCAUGGUUUGCAGCUUCAGUCGCAGCAAACAACAGACAUGAGCAGAAAUCACUAAAGUACACGAUUGCUUGAUAAUGAACGCUUGUGGAAGCUCGUUACUGGCGGUCGGCCGAUAUAUAUCACUUUUAUUUAUUCUAAUUAAUAUUUAAGAAAUUUGAAAAUGAUAAAUAUGUAAAUAAAAAAUAUUUAUUUUGGAUGCGAUUAAUCGUUUGACAGCACUAAAAAUAAACAGACUUGUACUUUAGAUGACAAUUGCUUGAUUCUGUAAUCCUAUUACAGUAUUUUUCACCAGUAAAGAAAUAUUUAAAAAUAUAUAAAUAAAAAAAUAAGUAAACGCUGUAAGCACUCGGUGUUCUGGGAAGUUUGUGUGGAUUGGGAAUCAUGUUUUUUAGAUAAGAUAACACUCGUUUUACGUUCAGCACACAGUGAAUAUGACAUGAAUAUGAGAACACGAUCAUGCAGCAAACACACUUCACAAGAUUCGUCUGCAGGGUUUGUGAAAUUAAAUGUUCAUUAGUCAUAUUUGCUGAAUGCUGACGGCAAACGAGAAAGUAUUAUAAUGUUUAAUAUAAAACGUCACUAUAGUACUUUUUGUAUACCUUUUAAUUCCUUUCUUUAACAUUCUACCUGAUUAUUAGACAGAGGUGUUUAACGAGGACAGCGAGCAGUGAAGAGGGAGAAUGAGCGCUGUGUGCCGUCAAAAUAAAAGUCAUAUCGGCCAAACAGAAAAAUGUAUUGACUGAUGACAAUAUUUGAAAAAUGCUAAAUAUCGGCCGAUAUAUCGGUCAACCACUACUCAUUACCAAUGCGAGAACGCAAAUGCCUAAUUAAAAGGAAGCAUUCUCAGGAUAAAUAACCAAAUAUUGCACGACUAUGCUUAAUAUAAUCAAGAAAAGCAGAAAUUGUGCUCAUGAUUAAAACGUGAUUUAUCGUGCAGCCCUGUUUCUGACGGUCAGAGGGUUGGUUUGUCUGGAGUUAGAGUGGAUUUCUCGGUCACAGACGAGAAUGAAGACGCUCAUUUCAUCAAAGCUUGAUCAGUCGUCCAGUUUUUCAGAAAGAAUCUCCAGAUUUCACCGUUUUCUGCCCGAUGAUGAAGAUGAGGAUGCCGUCAGCUCUUGUUUUCUAGUUUUAAUGGCAGGCGCUGAGGGAAAUCGCUUUGUACAGCGUGUUUUUCUGCAUAAUUAGUUUGAUUGGUUUUCAUCAUACAGAAGUUUCAGACGUGUUGGGCGUGAUUUGCGGUUGUUUGGCGUCAGAUGCUCGUGUUUAUUCCUGGUGCUGGUUUCUGUUGGGCUGCGUCUCAAACAGACGAGAUGGAUGCUCAUAUCUGCGGUGGAUGUUAACGCUUCUGUCAGUGCUGCUCCUUCGGUUCAUUAGUUACCAAGCAAUAUAUUACAGACAUGGACGCAGAUCCCAUUCAGAUCAUUUCCCUGCACUUUAUAUAGAAAUGUAUUUUAGAAAUGUAUAUAUGAGAUUAUCGGUUGUCAAUAUUUCUCCUGAUGAUUCAUUUUAUUAUAUUAUUUUCAUUGCAGUAAAUGAAUAGAGAUAUAAGCUUGUCAUGAAGAGUCAUGUUGUUCUUACAGGCGUUUAAUCGCUCGUUUUUAUGUAUUUGACUGCAUAGAACUUUAUCCAUAAUGACAAAAACCAAUGUGGUGUCAAUGUUUUUGUUGUUGUUUUGGAAUAAACUUUUGUGAAUGUAAGAA